UUGGCUUAAAGCAACAUUGUUAUCCUAGUUCGGCGCAUCGUGAGGACGAAAGUGGCAAGAAAAAAUCCAAAUAUAUAUAUAACUGAGUAAAUAUUAGAUAAUAAACGCACAGGCUCGUGACGCACAGCUAAUCCCAGCGGAGUCAGCAACAACAACAACAACAAUUAUUCGGUGCAUUCAACAAAGCCAACUCACCUGCAACCGCACCUGUAACCACAACAACAACGCCCACAUAAUGACCCUAACUGCAACCAGGAAUCAGGCUCCAUCUGCUUCUCUAUCUUCAUCUCCAUCUCCAUCUGCAACUGCGAUGCCUUCUCCGAGGCUGCAAUCGUCGCCGUCUCUGUCGCUGUCGCUGCCGAUGCCUCUGCUGCUGUCGCUGAUGCUGCUGCUGCUCCUGUUGGUGCCGCCGCAGCCUUGCGAGAGCCGAUACCUGCCGACAAGGUCGCAUGGCGACGAACUGGAUAAGUUGCGUGAGCUGAUGCUUCAGAUUUUGGAGUUGAGCAAUGAGGAUCCACAACAACAACAACAACAACAGCCACACCAAAUGCGUCUGCACAAUGAGGCCAACAAUCCGCUGACCGCUCAGCGUGGCAGCAACAGCGGCAGCAGCGCCAAUGCCGCCUGGCUCCAGAAAUUGGGUGCUAUGGGCGCACUCGAUACGGACGCCGGCUAUGGGCGCUACUAAAGAUGAAACACCAAAAUCCCAACCAACCAUGACGACCCCCCAUAAAAUUAUAGAAAAACGAAACUAGGAAUGUAAACGAAAAACAUAUUUGAAAUGCCUAAAGCCUAUUUUAAUUACACAAAUCUGAGAUAACUAGUUCCAAAAUUACACAGAUUACAAAUUGAGCUUUACAUCUUAACUACUUGAAGUCAAAAUUUAUAUGAGUCGAAAACCCUUAUUUGAAACUUUUUUUUAUAAAUAAGCAAAUCAGAGAACAAGUUCUUGAAUUGAAAGAAUCGAAUUCAAAUUGUUAUAGAAACUGCUCAUUUGAAAUGCGAAAAUUGUUGUAUAUUAGAAAAAAGUCAGAGAAAACUAGUUCCGAAAUAGAACAUAUUUUAAAAGUGAAGAACCUCGAAAAAGAGCAUAAGAGAGGACUAGUUCUGUAACUGAACAAAAUUAAAAAGUACCAUCGAAACUCAAUUGAAAUGCUAAGUACUUGGAACUGUUAACUAACUUAGAGUUAACUUUUUAAACAAAUUAAAACUUUUCAUAAUUAGGAAGCAAAAAUCAUCAUUUAAAAAAAAUUAUUAUUUGCAAUCAAUACAUUAAAAUAUUUAGCUUACUACAAAACUAAGCUACAUAUAAAGAAACUAAUUCCAAAAGUUCAUUUAAACUGACAAAAUCUUUUUUUUUUGUAGCAAAUGGAAUUAAUAGUUCCAUAUUAAUUUAUUACCAGUUCUCAUUAGAAUCGUUCUUAAGGAACUCUUAAAAGCUCUAAACUGGUUCGACAAUAUAUCAAGAAUGGACUUUACUCAAGUUCAAUGUAAAGCAAAAAAUUUUACAAGUCAAUUCUAACUAACAAAACUAACAAACUAAUCAAAUUUGAGAUGGAUUUAAUGAGUUAGGGCAUUUCAAAUAUUUUUUGCUUUGCUUUUUGCAUUCCGUAAGCAAACACUCAAUGGUUUUAAAUACUAAACUCAAAAGAACUUUAACAGUUCCUAUAUAAGAACAAUAAUUUUUAAACUUUUACGACUAGACAAAAAGCAACAAAAAAAAAAAAAAAAAAAAAUAUAUGUACUAUAAAUAUAUAUAUAUACAUACAAUGAGUUAACUUGUAAUCAAAAAUUAUACCAUAUAUAUAUGUAUAUUAUACUUUAUAUACACAUAGAUAUUUCUGUAUACAUAUGUAGUUCCUAAAACUUUGUUUUGUGGCUGCCAGAUUCUGUUGCAUUGUUAGUUAAAAGAAGAAGAGUCAAUUGUAAAUAUGUAAUACCCGUCCCUGAAAGCAUAAACCUGCGUGUUUUUCUUCUUAUUCAUACAUUUUACAUUGUUUUAAUGGGCCUCAAGGCUGGGCAAAUAAAUAUAAAUUAUGAGCAUAUUACAAGCGAGUGCCACAAGUUUAAAUCUCUGCUGCUUACAUUUUUGUGCUCGACUCUGGCCUCCAAGUUGAAUUUUAUGGCGCCAUAUACCCUAUAUUAUAUAUAUAUGAAUUUAUAUAUAUAUAUGUGUGUGGGCAAUGCAGCUCGGUUUAUAUAAUUGUUACCUUUAAACGUAUAUUACCUUAUGAUCAAAAACAAUAAAAGAAAUCAUUUUCAAUGCAA